GCAUAUGUAUUCAUAUUUGUCAUUAAUGUCAAUUAAUACAAAUUAUUAAUGUUAAUAAAGGUUCACCCCCUUUAUUACUCAUCUUCAGAAAUCUUUCUGUUAAUCCUACUAAGACAGGAGGCUUGAAACUAUGCAACUACUAAACACUAAAAUGAAUUUAGUAAUAUGGAAAUAGAAAAGAAAAAUAAAAAAGAAAUGGUUCCAAAGAUGUGACAAAUGAAGAUCAGGCACAAGCUGCCAAAGAAAACAGAACAGAUUUAUGGCUUUCUCGUUUAGACAUUUCAGGUCUAUGUGUACAACCACACUGGCAAAGGUCUAACAAAUAAUUAAGCUGAAAGUUUUUUUUUCUAGUAAAAUGUAGUAUUCUUGGAAUUUUAUCACCUGUUUCUUUACUAGUUCUUCCAGUGCUGCCAGUUGGCUAGCAUAGAGGGGAAUAAACUCAUAAAAUGCAUCUCAUCUUUAUUGGAUUUUUGUCACUUAAAUACAGGUGAGCUUGGAGCCCCAAAAUAUUCAUUUUCUUUCCCAAGGAACUCGACACAGAAGCAUAGAACACUUCUACCUCUAUGAUAUCACGACAAGGUAUCUACUAACAUCACACAAGCAAAGGAAAAAAACCCUACAAUGGAGCAGUCCUGUCCUACAAAUGCCACCAUUUGCAGUGGCACCUCUUGUCUGCAGCCUGUUGACAAUUUUAAUUACAUACUGAAUAUCGCACUUAGUACUGUGAUUACAACCUUAUUGGCAUUAGUCAUGUUUUCCUUGGGUUGCAGUGUGGAAUUUCAAAAAUUUUGGGGUCAUAUAAGGCACCCCUGGGGAAUAGUUGUAGGAUUUCUAUGUCAGUUUGGAAUAAUGCCACUAGCAGGUUUUGUACUGUCCCUUGCGUUCAACAUUCUGCCUAUUCAGGCUGUGGUGGUUCUUAUCAUGGGCUGCUGUCCGGGAGGAACAGGUUCCAAUAUCUUAACAUACUGGAUAGAUGGAGAUAUGGAUUUAAGUUUAAGUAUGACAACAUGUUCCACACUGCUUGCAUUGGGUAUGAUGCCUUUGUGUCUCUUUCUGUACACCAAAAAAUGGGUUGAUUCAAGUGCCAUAAUAAUUCCUUAUGACAGCAUAGGGAUUUCCUUGGCAACUCUAGUUGUUCCUGUUGCAGUAGGGAUGUUUGUUAACUAUAAGUGGCCUGAAAAGGCUAAGAAAAUACUUAAGGUUGGUUCUAUUGUGGGAGGCAUUCUCAUAGUUCUUGUAGCUGUGAUUGGUGGAGUUCUCUACAGGGGGUCCUGGACAAUUGAUCCAAAGUUGUGGAUAUUGGGGACUAUUUUUCCUGCUAUUGGCUAUACAGUGGGGUUUACAUUAGCUUACAUAUCCAAUUUGACUCCAAGCAGAUGUCGCACAGUGGCUCUCGAAACAGGGAUGCAAAACACUCAGCUCUGUUCCACUAUUGUACAGCUCUCAUUUACACCAGAACAGCUUGGUCUUAUUUUUACAUUCCCACUUAUCUACAGUAUUUUCCAACUUCUGAUAGCAAUUAUACUUUUAAUAGUUUACAGAAUAUAUUUAAGGACUUGUGGUAAAAAACCAGAGCCAGAAAACACACUUGAGUCACCCUAUGCUGUAACAAACAGUGGAUUUAAUCUAGAUGAGAAAACAACCAAGUGAGAUGGCAUUAUACCAACCUGGGUGCCAAAUGGACAAUAUAAGAGAGAAGUGAAUUGAAAUGGUGAGAGAGAGAAAACCAACCAGGAGGCUGUGUAAUAUAAAGCAUUUUACUAUGUGCUAGUGUUUUUAAAUACUUUGAUAUUUAUGUAGAUGUGUAAAAAGUGCAUCAGCAAUACCUUUUUUACAUUUAUAAAGCCAUUGUAUAAUCUUGUCAGCUAGAAACAGAUUUUCACUCUAAAACCUGCUUCACUUUGGGCUUAUUUGCAUCACUUCUUUCUCUUGCAAAUGCCACCCCAAGUCAAGGGCCUUAUGUUUACCCAGUGAAUAUGCACAUUGGUUCCCUUAUUACUAGGGGAGGCACAACACAAGGUCAAUCCAAGAAGAGAGCUGUUCCAGAACUAAGAGAUAAGUGGGUCCAGCAUUGGGCUACUGGGUAAAGGAAGAAGUGUGGCAAUGUUGGGACACAUCCUAAAUCGGUUACCUCAUAUACAGUUACCUCAAAAGACAAGCUGCUUUUAUUAGUAGCCAUGAGUCCCUAUACACUAAGGGGUUUGUUUAUAAAAAUGUAAAAUUAGAGCUGACCACAAAAUAAAUAUCCAGCUUUCUAUUUGUUCCUGUGGCAUUGUUAGAAGUGUAUUAAUCAAAUGGUGAGCUCUAUCUUUCACCCUUUGAUAAAUAUGCUUUUAAAACUCCAAUUGGAAUGAAUAUAGAAAGUGGGAGCUCUAAUCUCACAUUUUGAAAAACCUUCCCCUAAAUAAGUUACGCCAAUGACAAAUUCCAAAGCAGUAAUUGAAUGAAAGGGGGCCUUUAAUAACAGUGUAUGGAAGGAAAGCAGAAGGAGCUGCUGCAUUAGUUGGUUCAUGUCUUUUGCAAAAUGCACCAAAGUUAACUUUAAAAGCAACUGUUGUGGUGUCACUGAUCACAGGCACAGAUUUAAAUAAAGGCAUUUAAGCAAACCAGUUAUUUUUUAUUUUAUUCUAGUGUCCCAUAUUUUUAAUAAAAGCCUUAUUUUACCCAUUUAAAGUGCUUUCUAAUAUAAUAUAUUAUGUUAAUAAUGUCUGUAACUAGACACCAUUGUUUAUUAUGUAUUAUGGCAAGCUUUGUUUUCUUUUUGACUAUACUGUAUAUACAUGAUAGCUAAUAAAGUAACAAUAUAUCAAACCAUGAACUUGCAAAAAACAUUUAUGAGAGGGAAUGCAAUGCCUGCAGAACUGUUCUACUGCACCAUUGUGAUGUCCAACCGUGUGUAACAAAGACUUGCAUGUUUGUGUGUGGGGCAGGGGCAGUGGCAGUCCAUGGGCUGCUAAGCAAGGAGGAGUGUUUUACUGUUUAGUUAGUACCAUAGUAGAUUUUGUAAUUUUUCUGCCUGACA